UGUGCGGCGGAUAAUAAUAAUAUCGCGCGGUAGGCCGGCGGCGGCGGCGGGGAAUAUCGGGCGCGGGCGUUUGCGCCUGUGCGUUCCCGUACACGAGUAGUGGUGUUGGCGUGCGUGUGCGCGAGUGUGUGUACUGUGUGUGACGACGAGUACGCAGCGGCAGCGCCACUGUUGACUGUUUUUAUUAUUGUUGUUGUUAUUAUUUUUUUUUUUUGUUCCUCCUCCUCUCACACCGUCAUCAUUGCCGUGCGUGCGUGUGCGUAUCGGCUGAGUCUUCUGCGCGUCACCGUCCCGUCCGUAUACGUUAAGCGCUGCUCGUCGCGCACAUAAUAUUGUUAUUAUUGUUGUUGUUGUGGCGCGGCUGCUGAUAAAACCGAGUGAAAAGUGGAAAAGAAACGACCCGUAGAAAUCCCUCAGUUUUGUAAUAACCAUAAUAUUAGUGUCGCUACCGGAGUGGCGGUGUACCCCCGACGACCGUGUAAUCGGGAAGAUCCGUGUCUGCUUUCCCGACUUCCCGAGGCAUUUUACAUUCGUUUCCCGGACGCCAAGCGGUGCGCGCGCCAGUUGAAAAAACGGUGCAACGACCGUGCGAUCACACCGCACAGCCGACAGGUUUGAGGUUUCACGGAGACACUUUUGCGCCGAACGAAAAUGGAUUCGUUGCGCGAACAGGUGAUGAUCAACCAAUUCGUGCUGGCCGCCGGAUGCGCCAGAGACCAGGCCAAGCAGUUGCUGCAGGCCGCCCAUUGGCAGUUCGAGACUGCAUUGAGCAUAUUUUUUCAAGAUUCUUCUGUAUCGAGUUGCAGUCAAAAUUCAGCACAGUUUGGAUUUGGACAAAUGACACCAUGUAAUACUCCUGCUACGCCACCCAAUUUCCCUGACACUCUGAUUGCCUUUUCACGUAUGACAACUUCAUCUGAAAAUUCAAAAUUGGGAUCAUCACCGAGUAUGUCUGUUUCUCCUCAAAAUAGAACCUCAUUAGAAAACAGUCAAUCCAAAAGGCACCCAUAUGCACAUUUAGCGCCAAACACAGUUUCAAACAACACAUAGGGAACAAUCAUGUACAUUUGUUACUUUUAAUAUAAACUUAGCCAUAUUAUUGUUUUAGUGUCCACUAAUGACACGUGCUUUUUGUAACUUUUUACUCUAGAAUUAUAUUGUUUAGAAAUAUUUUAUCAUUUGAUUGUUAUUAUAUAUAUAUUAUCAUUUUUUUUUUUUUUUUGUUAGAAGAUAUUUUCAUUAGAAUAAGUAAUUUAUGAAACAUAUAAUAAAUACUCAAUUUAAAAUUAAGUUUAAUAUUUUGUAAUCAUAAUUCAAUUUCCAUCAAAAACCACUCUGUUAUUGCAAGAUGCUUAACAUAAUUAUUAUAUUCGUUUUUGAUUAAAGAGAAAGAUCAAACUUGACAUUAUUUUUUUUAUUAUUAUAUAUAUUUUUUUUUAUAUACAUAAAUAAUUUAUAUUAUAAUAGCUAAUAUCUUAUUUUUGUUUGUACAACUCAAAAUUUCAUUAUGACUGCGUACCGAGUAUAACAAAUAUGUUACACGAAAACAAUAAUAAUAUGUUCCAACAGUGCAUAAUAUGAAACAUAACUGUUGUGGUAUAUUUACUAAACUUAUUAUAAUUAAAAAAUUUAAAAAAAUAAUUGUAAUAAAGUGAAUACAUUAUUUUGUUUGAAAA